AUGCGCAUCUCCUACGCCGCAUCAGAGCCUGCGGAUCCCAGCCAGGAGGCCAUCUACGAACGCAUCAAAGAACGUAGAAAGCCACGGCCAUUGAUUCCCUUGGAUCUCGCCCUCUUGCACAAUCCCAACAUCGCAGAUGGCUUCAACACUCUUAUGGGAGCCAUCCGCUCCAAAUCAACGCUGAACCUGGCCGCAAUGGAGAUGGCCGUGUGCUACGUCGCCGUUCUCAACAAAGCCGUCUACGAGUGGACGGCGCAUGCACCGCUGGCCCUCAAAGCCGGCGCCAGGAGAGAUGCGUUGGAGGCGAUUUUGCACGACGACGUGAAGAACUCUGCGGUGCUGACGGAGGAGGAAAUUGACGUGCUCGAUUUCACCUACCAGAGCACCAAGGAAAUCGAAGUUCGCGAGUCGUUGAUGGACAAGCUGAAGGCGAGGUAUACGGAGCGGCAGGUAAUGGAACUAGCCAUGACCGUCGCUGGCUACAACAUGGUCAGCAGAUUUCUAGUAUCGCUGGAUGUAACGGAGAGCAACGGAAAAGAGAUGAAGAUGCCAGAGUAG